AGUAAACACUUUGCAUUUUGUUUAAGCUUCUCUACAAGCUUAAAAUCAAAGCCCUUGUGGCUUUGUCGUUAAAUACUGCUUGAUGUUUAAGAUUAUUCCUUUAACACCAUGCUUUUACAAUUCUAGAAGAAAAGGCUUGACGAAGCGGUACUUUUCAUAGCAAUAAGUUGUUAUACUAAUGGUCUGGCACCGAGGCUUCUAUUCAUCGAUGUGAGAAUUACAUACAACAAGUCGCUAAUGACGGCAACUCGCUCUCUGAUUGGUUGUCCCCGGAAUCUGUCAAUAUCACUAAUCUAAUGACAAGAAAUGACAUGCAAUCUGCUAAAUACUGACAAAACACUGCGCUCAAAGCAAACACUCGGCAGUCCAGCCACACGAUCGUAAUGGCUACUCGAAGACUUGAUCGGGUUUUCGUUGCUGUUGCGUUUAUUUCGUGUUUAAACUAUGUACUUACUAAAGAAAUGAAAUGCGAAGAGAUCACCAUUCCCAUGUGCCGCGGAAUAGGCUACAAUUUAACCUAUAUGCCCAACAUGUUUAACCACGAUACACAAGCCGAAGCUGCACUUGAAGUUCACCAGUUCUGGCCGCUUGUUGAAAUCCAGUGCUCUCCUGAUUUAAGGUUCUUCCUAUGUUCUAUGUAUGCUCCGCUCUGUGAGAAACACUACGACAAAGAUCUUCCACCUUGUAGGUCUGUCUGUGAGCGAGCUAGGACCGGUUGUGCGCCUCUUAUGCGAAAGUACGGUUUCUCAUGGCCCGAACGCAUGAAGUGUGAGAACUUUCCGGAACUAGGGGACGAGAAUACUCUCUGUAUGGGUAGGAAUUCGUCAGGUGAAAGUACUCCAAAACCAUCUCAGUCUCCACAACCAGCGCCGAGUCCUGAUACUGCAGCUAUCUCAGCGAACUGUUGUUCCUGUCGACCGCCAUUUGUGUCGAUCGCAGGUAAGAACAUCAAGCCUACACGAGCGAUCUCUGUCGGCGGAGUACCUCAGUGUGCGAUGGCUUGCAACCGAACGUAUUUUACUCACGACCAGGACAGCUUCGCGUCCUUUUGGAUAGGAUUAUGGGCCAUACUAUGCUUCAUUUCCACGCUCGUCACGACCCUGACUUUCUUGGUGGACAUGCACAGAUUUAAAUAUCCCGAACGGCCGAUCAUAUUUCUCUCUGGCUGUUAUUUGAUGGUGUCUGUUGGCUACAUCAUUCGACUAAUCGCGGGUCAUAAACAGAUCGCCUGCGACUCCAACGGACUGAUGAGAUAUGAUACUUCUGGUCCAGCCUCUUGUACGAUUGUAUUCCUACUCGUCUAUUUCUUCGGAAUGGCUUCCUCUGUUUGGUGGGUGAUACUGGCGUUUACGUGGUUCCUUUCAGCCGGAAUGAAAUGGUCAAGCGAAGCAAUCACGAACUAUUCGCAAUAUUUUCACGCGGUUGCAUGGCUCGUCCCGGCAAUUCAAGCAAUUGCUGUUCUAGCUAUGUCUACUAUUGAUGGAGAUCCCGUGAGCGGAAUUUGCUACGUUGGAAAUCACAAUCUUCAGAGCUUGGUUGUUUUUGUCAUAGUACCACUAGUGGUCUACCUAGUCUUUGGUACCUCAUUCCUUAUGGCGGGAUUCUACUCUCUUGUGCGAAUUCGUAAGCUUCUCCGCCAACACGGGAGCACAAAGACGGAUAAACUAGAGAAACUUAUGAUCCGUAUUGGGGUGUUCUCAGUAUUAUACACAGUUCCCGCUACUAUUGUUGUAGCUUGUUACUUUUAUGAACUUGUGAACAGAGAAACAUGGGAAAGAACUAUCAACUGCAGUGGAUGUGGCGUUACAAGAGUAAAACCUGAUCACUCAGUAUUUAUUAUUAAGUACUUUAUGGCUUUAGUCGUAGGAAUCACAUCGGGGUUCUGGAUAUGGUCGGGGAAAACCAUCGAAUCCUGGAGGAACUUUUGUGCCCGGUUAUCCGGAACUCAAAAUACUCGACGAGCAAUCCCUCCUAAGAAAGCUAACACGGCCACAGUGUGAGUUAGGUCAGAUAACUGUUUGUUUUAAUCACGGAGAAAAAUGCGGCCACGAAUCGAGCGCCACUCAAGAAAACACACGAAGGUUGGACUGCCAUCCUUAGAGAUGUUCACGUCAUUAUUUUGCUUUUGAAUGGACACACGAAGAAUGAAUAUGAACGGUAGAAGAUUGAACUAAAUGGAUAAAGUACAUUUAUUGACUUUCAAGUUUGCUCUGCGCCACGCUACGUCUAUUUACUUAAAACAUUCAUGAACCAUGUGAAUUUGCAUAAGUGUUAAUGGUUCAACUGUUCCAAGGGCUUAUUUGCUAAUCCAUGCACCCUCUGUCUCACUGGUUGUUGUUAUGCUUGAAACGCCUGCUGGACGACGCUAUAUCCCAAAUCUACGGUGAAAACCAUUAUUGACAGUGCAGGUGUGGUUAGUUUUAAAACUAUAAAGCCUCUAACACUUGCUACUAAAAUGCAAAUAUUAUUCAACAGUACGCGAGGUGUUGGAGCUGGUUCUUCAAUUAGUAGCGCAAUUAUCAGUCCCAAGAGAACUAUUUUCCGCGCUCAAUUUCCAUCACAAAAGAACAUUGCUCAAAAGUCUAGCAAAUAUUUUAUAGUCUAAAUUUCUUACAAAACCAUAGUUUUUAUUAUAUUUUAAGUUGACCUAUUGUAUAGUAAAUAACAUCAUUUUCUUCUGACUAACCGAUGUGUUUGAUACCACAGUCAUUGUAGAGACCGUCCAUGAUUAAAAAACGUUAAAAUAAA